CGCUCCAGGCUUUAGGCCUGUUCUCGGAGGGGAGCACUCUGGGCUCAUCCCCACGUAGCUCCCAUCUCUGGGCCCCGGGUCCCUGCAUGGAGAAGUCCCCAGGGAACUGUGCCCUGGAGGAGAUUCUAGGGCAAUAUCAGCGGAGUCUCCGGGAACGUGCCAAUGAAAGCAUCCAUCAACUGAAAUGUGCUCUGAGAGAAGGUGAUGUCACCAUUGUAGAAGGUGCACCGGAUCCUUGUUUCAGCACCAGUGUAGGGCCUGAGGACACUGGGACUGCCUGGCGGGAAUUGCAACACAGCCAUGCUGUUAAUCAACUCAAAGCUUUGUUGCGCCAACAAGCAGCUAAGGAAAGUAAGCUAUCUCCAUCAAGAAGACGAAAAAUGCCCCCUUCAAAUUCAUCAGCAGAUGAAGAAAAUAAUAUGCCUACUGUGCACAAUCUUGUCCCUAUCAUUCAUGACCAGUCUCAGUACAUUCAUCAUUUAGAGGCAGAAGUAAAGUUCUGCAAGGAGGAACUCUCUGGAAUGAAAAAUAGAGUUCAAGUAGUUGUGCUUGAAAAUGACAGGCUCCAGCAAGCGCUGAAAUCUCAAAGAGGAGAAGAGACAAUGAGAGAGCAGACACUUCUGGAUGCAUCUGGAACUAUGCAGAAUUCUUGGAUUAUACCAGGCGAAGGUUCUGGGGUGGAUGAAGCUGCAAAGAGACCAUUGUCCCAUGACAAAACAGAUUGGGUCAAAGCUGAGGCUGAAAAAUGGAAACUAGAACUGGAAAGACUCAAACUUACUUAUAUGGACAAGUAUGAAAUCCUGGAAUCUCAAAUGAUUUCAUUAAGGAAAGACCUAGCUGAAUAUCAGAAAAAAUGUGAAGAUCUUCAGGAGCGACUAAAGCAUAAAGAGAGUCUUCUUGCUGCUAAUGUUUCUAAUCGUGUUGGUGGGCUUUGUUUGAAAUGUGCUCAGCAUGAAGCUGUUCUUUCCCAAACCCAUAAUAAUGUUCACAUACAGACCAUUGAAAGACUGACCAAAGAGAGAGAUGACUUAAUGUCUGCACUGGUUUCCAUAAGGAGCAGCUUGACAGAUGUGCAGGAAAGAGAAGCAAGUGCUUAUGAGCAGGUGAAGCAAGCUGUGCAAAUGACCGAGGAAGCUAAUUUUGAAAAAACCAAGGCUCUGAUCCAGUGUGAGCAGUUGAAGAACGAGCUGGACAGGCAGUCAGAGCGACUUGGAAAAGAACUUGUAACUCAGCAAGAGAAAAGGGCUCUUGAAAAAGAAAUGAUGAAAAAAGAAAUGACAAAGGAGAGAGAAAACAUGGAAGUAAAGAUAAUGACUUUGUCUCAGAAUAUUGCCCAACUGGAGGCCCAGAUGGAAAAGACUUUAAGAGAGAAGACUUCAGCUACUAAUCAACUAGAGGAAACGCAGCACCAGCUUGCUUCUAGGGAAAAGGAUGUCACAGAGGUGUGUGGAGAAAUGCGCUAUCAAUUGAAUAAAACAAAAAUGGAGAAGGAUGAGGCAGAAAAGGAGCACAGAGACUACAGAGCAAAAACUAACAGGGAUCUUGAAAUGAAAGAUCAGGAAAUAGAGAAAUUGAGAUUAGAACUGAGUGAAAGCAAGCAGCGUUUGGAACAGGAGCAGCAGAAGGGAGCUGGAGCCAGAGAGGAAUGCCUGAAACUGACAGAACUGCUGGGCGAAUCUGAGCACCAACUGCACCUCACCAGGCUGGAAAAAGAUAGCAUUCAGCAGAGCUUUACCAAUGAAGCAGAGGCCCAAGCCCUUCAGGCCCAGCAAAGAGAGCAGGAGCUGACACAGAAGAUACAGCAAAUGGAGGCCCAGCAUGACAAAACUGAAAAGGAACAGUAUUUAUUGAUGACCUCCCAGAAUACAUUUUUGACAAAGUUAAGGAAAGAGUGCUGUACAUUAGCCAAGAGACUGGAAGAUAUCUCUCAGAAGAGCAGAUGUGAACUUGCUCAGCUCAACCAAGAAAAAAGGUACACACAUGACAAACUGGCAAAGUUACAGAAGAGAAAUGAUGAACUGGAGAAACAGUGUGUUCAGCAUGGGAGAGUCCAUGAGAUGAUGAAGCAAAGGCUGAUGCAGCUGGACCAGCACAGCCAGGGGACCGCCCAGCAGCUGGUGCAGCUCCUCCACAGACAGAACCAGCUGCUCCUGGAGAGACAGAGCCUGGCCGAAGAGGUGGAGCACCUGCAAGCUCAGUUGCCCAGCAUGCCACAAUCUGACUGCUGAGCUGGAUGAAACAGAGUGAAACCAGUGAUUUACAGAGAUAUUUACAGUCAUCUCCUUUAACACGCCGCCCCUCACCAUGCCGUCUAGUGCCGUGCCGCCUCACACCACGGUGGCACAGGCGCCCUGUGGUCUCCGAGGGCCGCCUGAACUAUGGACAGAAAGGCUGGAGCAGAAGCUUGCUAUUCAAUGAGGACAGCUACCUCCCUGUGCAUGUUUUCAAAAAUUCUGCAGGUAAUUAUACAUUUAAAACCUGCUCAUUUAUAUGCUGUUACACAUAUGAAUUCCAAUAAAUACAUUUUUUAAAGACUUGAA